AUGUUUCCCAGGCAUUUUAACAAUGUGGAGGUCGGCUCUGUCGUUAUGGCCCGGAUCACUAAGUUGUACCCGGAUAAGGUAGAGUGCGAUAUACUCUGCAUAGGCGACGUGCCUUCCAGGUCUAGGUGUAAGGGCGUUAUAGCAUUGAGUGACAUAUUUACAGAGAACGUGACGCUUGAGGACGUAAAAACCACCGAAUGUUUCAUGCCAGGGGAUUUAAUACGGGCCCGAGUGUUGUCGCUGGUUGAUAGGCAGCAAAUUAUUUUGGGAACUAGUGGGCCAAGCUAUGGCGUAAUAAGAGCUUUCAGCAAAAACGGUUAUGAAAUGAGGGCGAUUUCAUGGCGCCAUAUGCAGUGCACGGGCACCAAGCAGGUGGAAAUGAGGAAGACGGCCGCGACGGGGGGUAAACCAACGAUAUAA